AUGAUGUACCAGAGGCUGCCUCGGAUGCUGACCUAUAUCGCCAGCCUUACUGCAGCAGCCAUGUUAUCCCAAGACAAUCAGCUCUGGGAGAUCUCGGGAGUCGGGAGAUGCAGUAGGGGACGCGACGGUGCUGUGUUUCUCUCGCGCCGGACCGUUCCUCAUGCACAUGCAGACGGCGGUUGCUUACGGACGGGGACCCCCUGCCGUUAUUGA